AUGGAAAAUAGAAUAUAAGGAUUAGAUGAAGUAUUACUUCAUCAUGUUGCAGAGUAGAAAUGCAAGAAAUUUGGAUGCAGAUAUGUCAAUUGCCUAAAAACAAAGUAGCAAAGUGAGUGCAUGCCAUUAUUUAGAGCCCUUCAAAUGUGCAAAGCGGAUGAAAUGAAAAGAAUCGAGGAGAUCUAUAAGAAAACUGGAGUAUAAGAAAAAUGA